CUAAUUUUAACCUCAAUAAUAUUACCCCACUCGCUUCCCUUGUCGGCGUCGUGAUGGAGUCCGAAGGUGACGAUGGCCAUGACAUCCCCAUCAUCCACCAACACAAUCACCAUGGGAUGACCCCCCCGCUGCUUCGUGCCCCGUCGGACGGUGCGAUCCUCGCGAGUUUUGACACGAUUUUUUCAAUCUACGACACGGGGCGGGGGUCGAUUGCCACCGAGCACUUGAGCGCGCUGUUCCACAAGAUGGGGUACACUGUGUCCCGGGACCAACUGGAGAAAUUUCUCGACGAGCUCGACCCCGACGCCACAGGCGACAUUUCCAAAUUGGCCUUCCUCAAGUGGUUUGAACGAUGGGGCGAUGCGCUGGACGACCCAGAAGAGGUCGCGGCGCAUAUCGCAGACAACACGUCGCCCUUUCACGGCGACGACGACAACGGCCCUGCGUGUGGAUCUGCGGCGAUGGCCGUUCAAAGCGAAAUGCUCGAUGCUAAGAUGCAGCGCAAGCGGGCCGAAGAGGACGUGCAGUUGCUAGCCAAUCGGCUAGCCCAUCUCCGUACGGAGGAAAAGAAGGCGCAGCGCAAGAUUGACGAAGCCAACAAGCGAGCCGAAGACAUUGAAAGUAUCAAGCGACGCAACGCCGAGCACCAGCGCCUCAAGCGCGAGCACUUGGAGCGCACCAGUGCCAGCGUCCGUCACGCGCUCGUCACAAACUCGAAAAUGAGCGUGGAUUCGUCCAAGAAGAAGGAAUUGGCGAUCACGACGAUGGCCAAGUCGAGGGCUAAAUAUGUGCAAGACGCGAAGCUAGACGCCAAGCUGAUGGCCGAAGAAAAGGCGCGGCAGAUGGAGCUCGACCGGAAACGACUGGCGCAAAAGACACAAGCGAUCAAAGACAAGGAGAAGGAAGCCGCGAAACUGCGGGAGGAAGCUCGCAAGCGCCACGAACGGGUCCUAGUCAAGGCGGCACGGACCAAGUUGGCCGACGAAUUCAAGAAGAAGAGCGUGGCGGAGAAGAUGCUGCGGGACAUGGAAGCCGAGGAGGCGCGACUGAUUGAGAAGCUGCGUCAUACCCAAGAGCAUCAGCGCCAAGCAUACAUGCAUCUCGAGAGUGCUAUCCAGAUGCAAGUCUCGGACGAUUGACGCUUCCUAAGUUGGGAGAGUUCCAUUUUUUGGAAUCAUUUUACCUCGAGUUCAGAUAUUUUGGUCUUACUAUGGUCUUAAAGGCAACUCAUUGGCUAAAACGUUUCUUGCUUUUG